AUGGCGCCCUCAGCAGUCCAAGACCUGCCUCCGAAGGGCAAAGUCAUCCGUCAGACCCCGAGAUCACUUGCUCAUGUUGUCUUGUGGACCACGCCAGAGAACUACAAGCCGAUGACGCAGUUCUACUGCAAUCUGCUCAAUGCCCAUGUCGUCCACGUCGACCCAGUCUUGACGUUCAUGGCCUAUUCGACACUCACGGCGCUUGCGCAGCAAUAUUUCUUUCUGAAAACCUGCGAGAAGCCCAUUCUCCCGCUAUGGACAGUGAAUCAUGGCCCGACGACGAGCAUGUACUUCCGCGAUCCGGACGGGAACAAGAUUGAGCUGCAGGUGGAUAACUUUGAUGAUGUGAAUGAAGCCAAUGACUUCAUGGCGGGGCCGAAAUAUGAUAUGAAUCCCAUGGGUACAGACUUUGAUCCCGACGAAUGGUCGGAGUAUAUUCUAUCCAAGGCGCUGCCCAAUGGUGAGGAAGGGUCGUCGCCUGCUGACGUGAAGGCGUUGAAAACGAGAAAGGACAUUGGCGAGAGGAAGGAGCUGCCUGAGGGUUUCUGA